CGGCACAAUGGAGAAGUUUGCCCUGAACGUGGACUUACAGGCUGCUCAGCCUGUAAGGCUGCAUCCCGCCUCCUCGAUCACAGCCAAUCAAAUAACAGCAUAGCCAAAAGCCCCGACCAUGGCGCUAAACCCCACCCCCUCGACCAAAACCAAUGAAAUAACAGAAUCGUUAAAAAGCUCCGCCCACAAGCACAACCAGUGAGAGACGAAAUCACGAAGCCGCGCUGGGAUUCAAACUUUCAGUCUGGACAGUAACUGCUGCUGCUGAUGCUCCUGCUGCAUGUUCGCAAUGGAGGCACACUGGAUUGCUGCAAUUGAGAGCUCUCUUCGAAAAGAGGCAGAUCCUAAAGUCAAGAGGUCGAUUCAAGUACUGUCUGGUCAGAGUCAAGAUGCCUUCAUGUCUUCACAUCUGCAUUACCUUGAAGAAUGUGGCCUUGGUAACUUUGUAGCCAUGAAGAAACGACAUGCCAAUCAUUUUCAGUGGCGAUGUGAAAGAGCCAGUCACUGCAAGGGGAAGUCUACUGGAGACCCCCAAAAAACAAGAGCCAACAGUUGUGGGGCCUACGUAUCUUUCACAUUUGUAAACAAGAACUGUUAUGAUGGGUGUAUUAUACGACUCAUGAGUGACCAUUCUGGGCAUGAUCCUAACAGUCCCUUAGAGAGCACUGUAAAUCGGAUUCAUCCUGGUCUCACUGACUACAUUUAUACCCUCAUUCAGCAGGGUCACACAAAUGCUGAAAUACUGCUCUGUUGCAAAGACUGGUCGGACACACAGAGCCAGUCGUAUCUCAAGGACAGAAGGUACCACGUAGCACCUGAUGAUAUUAAUUUUAUACGGAAAAGCUAUAAUGCACAUACUCACAUGGAUUUAAAUGACUGUGUUAGCGUGGACCGAUUAAUCAAAAGUAAGUUCAAAGAUGACAUCAUCUACUACCAGCCUUUGUCACACUCUGAAAAGCAGGCACUCAUCAUUGUUUUUAGCACACCUUGGCAGAGAGAUCAACUGAAGAACUAUGGCUCUGACAUGAUAUACCUUGAUGCAACAUAUAAGGGUAUUACCCAGUAUGGAUUCGCUUUUUAUGCUGUCAUCAUUAAGUCUUCCCAGGGUCGUGGAGUCCCAGUGGCCUUCUUCAUUUUAAGUGAGGAAUCUACAGAGAACCUAAGUAUUUGUCUUCAAAAGCUGCAAGAGUGUGUUAAUCCCUUUCAACCAAGGUGUGUCAUGGUAGACAGAGAUCUUAAGGAAAUCAAUGCAGUGCAGAAAGUGUUCCCACACACUAGAAUACUGCUGUGCUGGUUUCACGUUCUUCAGGCAGUUCAUCGCUGGAUGCAACGCCAAGAUGAAUGUAAAAAGCAACCAGCUUUGAAAAAUGAAGUCAUCAGGGCAAUGAUAGCACUCAAACACUGUAAGUUGCUCACAUAG